ACGAAGCACCUAACCGGGGACUUGUGAGUAUCCCCACACCCGCCCGGCGCCUCACACCUUGAGCAACUCCGGAGAAGAAUAGAGUCCAACCCCUAUCCAGAAGUAAGGUUCCAGAGCCGACGCUGUGCGUAGAGGUGAGCCCAACCAGAUCCAACUGGUAACGCUCCACCUCCCGCACAAGCUCCGGCUCCUUCCCCCCCAGAGAGGUGACGUUCCACGUCCCCAAAGCUGGUGUGUCAUAACUAUUUGAAAAAUGUUCACUGUUACUCUGAAUAUUAUUAUUAUUAUUAUUAUUAUUAUUACUGUAUUUGUAUCAUUGUCAUACAAGAAGUAUACCAUUUAUUAUAGAUGUAGGAAACUUUAAUUUAUUUCAGUCACAUGACUUCCUUUCGGCAACUGCUGAUGGUUCAAGGUCAGCGAGUCAUGUAACGUUCAAGAACAUCACAACAAAAUUGGAUAUUACACUAUCUAAUCAAACUAAGAAAAUGUAAAGGAAACGUUUGAGGGUUAGUUAGUUUAUUUGAACAGCACAUUUUAAGACAGAAAGGCAAUUCAAAGUGCUUAAGGGCAAUGAUAAUGCACAGUUACAUCGAAUGUGUGUGAUUUAUAAUAAAAUGAAUUACAAAUAAUAAGCAUCAGUGUUCGUUAUUCAAAACUGAGGGCAUUACGAAUAGAAAACAAACUAAAACAACAAGAGGUCACUUCGGAAUCGAGGUGUUUGGAAAUGUGUAAAAUGUUUGGGCUUUUUUGUAUAAGUUCAUGUCAUUGAGAAAAGCUGAGAAAGCAACAUCUGUGUAUGACAUUUUUCUCAGUGCAAAAAUCCCAGCCCCCCUGAACGCACCGCAGCGAAACCGAAAGUUAAAUGUUUUCUCGGCAGCUGCUCCAUUAACUGGGUUUAAAAACAGCGGACGGAGGUGUUUUUUUACUGGAAUCUUUUCACCUUUCUUUGAGCAGAAAAUACACAUCCAACCCGCGAGACUUAGAGAUGGGUCCGCGUGCUCUGCUGCUGGCUACUGUGGUGUUUUGUUCAGCAGAGUCCUCGGUCCAUGGCUCUCCAGAGAAGGUUUGCGUCUCUGCCGGCGGCGUCGUUAUUCUUCCUUGCAGUUUCCCUCUCAACGAUGUCUUCCGUACAUUGGAGUGGUCCAAGACAGACCUGAAGAAAGUGAUCGUCUUUCUGUUCCGAGACAACCGCGAGGAUCUCGUAGAGCAGAGCCCGCUCUACGUUUCCCGGACGAACCUCUCUGUGGAAGAUCUGAAGAGUGGAAACGCCUCGCUGAGGAUCUCCAACAUUCAAGCUGCGGAUGCAGGAACGUAUCAAUGCAUGAGGAUGUGGAAGAAAGGCCAAGAAAAUAUUACAGAAGUGGAGCUUUUUGUUGUUGGAGGUUUUACUCUCGAAUGUGAGGCGACAACCGUGGGGUCGGAUGCGGAAAUCACCUUUCUCGAUGAAAACGGAAAAAACCUUUCUGCCGAUGACCCAAAAAAAAAUGUCUCCAGAGGAUGUUACACCGUGCAACGAGUGACUCUGCAGGAAGCCGCCAGCAGGGUCACCUGCAGAGUUCAGCGGGCGGACACCAACGAGACCAGAGAGACGAAGAUUCAACUUCCAGUGGAGGAGCCAAAGUCCUGUUCUCUCACCGCUUUGUACACUGUGGUUGUCACUGUAUUAGUGACUGUAGUUGUCACUGUAUUAGUGGCUGUGUUUGUGUUGAGAUGUAGAUCAGCUUUGGUCGACUCACUGUGGAGGAAAUGUUGCAAAACUGAGCAAAUGUCAACAUUGACUGGAGUGUCCUCGGGGGAAAGUGCUUGUGACAUCAGGACAACGCGGAAAAUGAGACCAUUGAGAAACUACAAACAGAAGUGGCAGCCCAGUCGGAGUGUAAUCAGGAUAAAGAAACAAGCUGCAAACUAAAUAAGGACAUUGCUAAGCUGGCCCCUGAUGAGAUGAAUCAGCAGGAUGACGAGUCCUCCCAUUUACUAUCCCCUCCUAAAUCCACUUCUCUGCACAAACGUUUGCCACGGAAUUCCAGUGAGAGCAUCGCGUAAGUAAAUCGACCUAAAAGCCUAAGACUAAGCAGUAAAGUUUUUCGGAUUUGGACAAUUUUGGAGUGGAUUUGAGGAGUCAUUGAAUCCAUUUUUGAAAUGUUCCGCAUAAAAAAUGGCAGUUUAACCAGACAGAGGCCAUAUUUGCACUCUGGAUCAUUUGGAUUAGACAGUGUUUAUUUAUUUGAAAAAAAA